UUUUUGAGCUUAACGCCCUCUCUGCCUGAGAGGUCGACCACUGUGGCAGCAUGCAGUGCUGCACUCGCUGAGCUGGAGGGGAGCGAGCCCCACCAGCGGUCCCUCGACGGCCCCGAGGGGGGCGCAAAGGGAUAUUGAAACAGACAGGAGGAGAAACAUGGCAAGUCGGGAGACACAGCGGGCCUCCUCCUCGAGAGGUUGCCAUACGGGGGGAGGAUGGGGAGAGGGAGGACGGCGAGGGGGGGACGAGGACGAGGAGGGGGAGGAGCAGCGGGAUGAGCUGGAGUGCGUGCAGCCGAGGGUGCAACGAGCCAAGACCGGCUCAGCGGGCGCAAGGCUGGGUCCGAUUCCUUCCUCUUCCCCGCCUCCUUCCCAUCCUGCAGGAACACAGCCAGCAGCCACUGUUGAAAUUCACAGGAGAAUAAGACACACAUUCAAAAACUAUAUGAAUUGCACUUGCGUCAAGAACGACGCAAACCGUCGGCGAUAUGUAGAUGCCGCCGCAUGCCAAUCUCUUCUCGGCAAAAACGCCAUGGGACAGACGUCCCCAUACAUUUUGGACUCGCCAAACCUUUAAAAAGCCUCCGGAUGGAUGGCUCCUGCGUCUUCUACCUUCGGAGUAGCCUGGGUUGCCGACGAGGAUAAUAACAUAAAUGUUUAUAGGAUGGAACUCCGCUCUGCACUGGGAGUUAAAAGAAGGCUGCUUCGAGGCGCUCGAAGCCAGAUAGUGUCGCCAAGAAGCGCUGACAGCGGUCAGGGCGCAUUCAAAAAUCAUCGAUAGACGCAGACCUCGGGGCGGAUUAAACACCCGUCGUCAGCACCGUCGGCAAGGCUAAAAGCCGACGUGCGCCCGAGCACUGGCGCGACGGCCUGUUCGGCCACGGAGGCGAAGGGUCCUUGGACGCCGGCAAUUCAGGCUUCAGGCGCCGGCCGCCUUCGCUCCUUCGCUGGUGAGGCCUUCGAUCGUGCGGCCGCCGCCCGCCCUUCACGUCGUCACGCCCCGCGCAAGGCCCUUGCGCAGAACCAGCGCGGGCGACCCCGCCCACUGGCCCGCGCCUGGGACCCCGCCGCUGGGCCCCUCGGGCCAGAAGGGGUCUUCUUGGCCUACGGACGCCGCGUGGCUUGCGGCACUGCCGCCGCCGCCAGGCCCCGCGGCGGACGGGGGGGCCUCCUCGCCUCCGGGCGCCUCCCGCGGCGGCGGCGAGAACGCCCUGCGGGGUCUCGCCGCCUGGUACUUGUCGGAGAAGGCACCGCCCGUCGGGGCGGCCUGCGCGCGCCAGAAGCCGGCGGAGGGCACUCGGCGCCAUCGCCGCUGCGCUGGGUGGAGCCCGCCCCCGGGCCGCCGAGGCCGGGCGGGGCUCCAGGAGCCCCGCCGCCCGCAUGACCACUGCGGGCGGCGGGUCGGCGCGGGGCGCCGGGCUCCUGGGGGCCGGCCCGAGGGUCCACGCGGUGGGCGCCUCGGGAUCGACCCGAGGGUCCGCGGCAGCGGGCGCCUCGGGAUCGACCCGAGGGUCCGCGGCAGCGGGCUUCUGCAGGGCGCGGGCGUUCGCGGGGCCAUGGCCGCGCUGGUUGGCUGAUCGAUGCGCUGCAGUCGGCGGGGAGGCGUCAACUAUUGAGUCGAAUCUCUCCUGGGUCAAAUUGGCUAAACCACGGAGGGAGAGGAGCGGCCACCGUGCCGCGAGGCACGAAGUGGGUUGAAUUCGGGCCCCUCCGAGUUCAGUCUGCGCUGUCAACUGUAAACGCUCUGCCAACAGCCCAGAGCAGGGAGUUCCGGGCGCUCUUGGGC